AUGUUGAGAGCCUUCACUAGAUCAUUCUCGUCCACCUUCCCCAAAAAGAACUUUGCCAACGGUCAAUUGUUUGGUAGAGUUGGAAAUGUGGACUUUAAAGAGUCAGCAAAUGGAGUCAAGUAUGUCAGGUAUUCCUUGGCUGUGAAUAAGUUUAGAAAAGGUGAUGAUGCAAUCACCGAUUGGUACAACAUCACCAUCUUUGAUGAAGAGGAAUUACAAAAAGCAGAAAAGGCAUUAAGAGUUGGAAACAAGAUGAUUGUUGAUGUAACCUUAAGACUUGACAAAUUUGAAGAUCCAGACACGAAGAAAGUUCAAACCAGAACUUCCCUCAUCCAAAAACAUGCUGAGAUUGUACAAUGGGGUAAGAGACCUGAUGAGGACAAAGCUGAGGCUACGGAAUAA